AACAAUUUGAGUGUGCUUUCAACUCUAGAAUCUUCAAAAAUGCCCACUAUCAGUCUCAAUGACUUGAUCAGCCACAACUCCCAAACAAGGUCCAUAGUUGUUGAGAAACUUCACCAAGCUUGCAAAGAAAUGGGCUUCUUUCAGAUUACCAAUCAUGGCAUAAGCAAGAGGGUCAUUGAAGACGCUCUUGGCUCGUCGAUGAAGUUCUUUGAUCUGCCAAUUGAGGAAAAGAAUGCAUUUUCUUCUGAAGAUGUGUUUAGACCAGUGAGAUAUGCGCCUAUUCGGAGUAAUGAUCUAUCUGGAGGACGCUUUCAUAGUUUGCCUAUGGAAGAGAUGGUUGAGCCUGCUCUAGAGCUUUUUGACAAAGAAAAUCCCAAGAAAUAUAGAGCAAGCAGCUUAAGUGAUUAUAUUAAAUAG